UGCAUAUCUACCUGAUAUAGAUUUGCUGCAAACGGCGAAGGUCAAAAUAUUUUCCUUGCCAUAAACCUGAUUUAUUUUUAUCAGGACAUUUAUGUCGCGGUUACCAGAUGCCCAAUCGAACUUGUCUCCUUUGUGCAGAAAUAUUUCGCCUCGGCCCGUGCAGUCGCCUUCGGGCAGUAUAAGGCAGGGUGGGAACCAUGAGUCUUUGGUCAAGAGGAGUUCAGGAAAUUCAGGACUUACUACGGAGCUGUGUGAGAAUAAUGGACCUUUUUAUUCCAGCAGCGUGACAGAAUACUGCCCUGAAGACCGAAGGCAAAUAGGUAUCAUCAGUGCUUCCUUUUUGAUCUUUAAUAGGAUUAUUGGAACAGGUAUAUUUGCAACUCCCAGCGCUAUUCUAGCGCUCACAGGUAGUGUCGGGCUAUCUUUGAUAAUAUGGAUAAUGGGUAUGGCUAUUGCCAUGACUGGCACGGCAGUCUACCUUGAGUUCGGCACUACGAUCCCAAGAAACGGAGGAGAGAAGAAUUACCUCGAAUAUGUGUAUACCAAGCCGAAAUUCCUAGCUACAGCAAUGUUCGCCUCGUAUGCCCUGUUUCUGGGAUGGGCGGCAGGUAAUAGCGUCGCAUUUGGCGAAUAUGUUCUUCACGCAGCGGAUAUUGGGGUGAAUCGAUGGAAUCAGCGGGGUAUCGGUUUUGCAUGUAUCACUGUGGCAUUUCUCAUACACGCAACCGCUGUCAAAUGGGGGCUGCGUCUGCAGAAUCUCCUUGGAGUUAUGAAGCUGAUUAUAAUCCUCAUUAUUGUGGUUGGAGGGGCUAUGGCUCUUGGUGGCCACAUGAAAAUUGAGAAAACUAACAGCUUUUCUCACCCCUUCGAAGGAAGUAUUCCAAGUGUAUAUGGGAUCGUCACAGCACUGUAUAGCGUGAUUUGGUCGUACAUUGGAUACUCAAACGCAAACUAUUCGUUGAGUGAAACGAGAAAUCCAGCUCGAACAUUGAAAAUCGCUGCGCCUAUAGGGGUUGGUCUUGCGGGUGUUUUGUAUAUGCUUGUCAACGUUGCAUACUUUGCCGCUGUUCCGAAACAAGAUAUCUUGGGUUCCGGACGUAUCCUAGCAGCCUCCUUUUUUCGAAAUGUUUUUGGGCCCAAAGCAGAGAGGAUUUUGUCCGUCUUUGUCGCCCUGUGUGCCUUUGGGAAUGUUCAGGCUGUUAUAUUUUCCCAAGGUAGAAUUAUCCAAGAGUUAGGUCGAGAAGGCGUUCUGCCAUUUUCCAGGUUCUGGGCAAGCAAUAGGCCUUUCAAUUCCCCAGCUGCAGGGCUUUUCGAGCAUUAUGCUAUAUCCGCCAUUGUUAUGCUUGCCCCCCCACCGGGAGAUGCGUACAACUUCUUGCUCAACUUGAUUGCAUAUCCGCUCUCAGUUGUGAACAUAUUUGUCUCUGCUGGCUUGAUGCAUAUAUAUCUAUUUCCGAAACGCUAUCCCGACUGGUCUCCGACAAUACGUGCCAGUCGACCAAUUACCUUUUUUUUCUUACUUUCCAACGUCUUCCUGGCAGUGGCACCCUACCUACCACCGCCCGAUAAAGAACAUAAUGUCUAUGCACAUUUGCCAUACUAUAUUCAUUGCGUAGUUGGGCUUGGUAUUUUUGCGGUAGGUGCGAUAUAUUGGCUGUUUUGGGCGGCAUUAUUACCUUGGAUGGGCAGUUAUCGCCUUGGGGAACAGAUAGUUAUCGCCCCGGAUGGCUGGUCGAGGCAAAUCAUAACAAGAGUUCCUAUCGGCGCCGAAGAGAAGGGGAAACUUGGAUUGGAAGGAGGCGGAGCUGGCUGGAAAGGAUGAGGCUGGGUGCACACCAUUAGAGCUUGGUUUUGUUGGACGGAUUUAUCAAGCGACAUGGGAUAAAGCAGUUCUUCAACUAGUUAUCAUUAUUGUAGAUUAUGAUACAUGGCUUAUACACGUUACUUCUUAAUAAGCUGGUCCCGAAUUGGGCGGGUCAGGCCAAUCCUGCAGAGUGAGGAUAUCCUAGUUGUUUCUUUUCACACAAUGACCAGAGGCAAAUCAUAAAAUGAAAACAUAAUGUUCCAGUCUUCUAUGGAGAUGAACUCAUUGUACAUACCUACGCAGCAAUCACUUCUGAGAAUGAUGAUGAAUAGGCAGUGGAACGCACCUCCUCAAACUUGCCGGAUUUGUUCUAGCAAGAAUCUAUAGCCAUUCACAG